UUGGCCGAAGAUGUAGUAUUCUACGAGAAAAGAAGGGGGUUUAAGAACCCGGACUUGUGUUUUCGCCAUAGUGUUAGCCCUAGAUGUGUUGUUCUAGGCUGGGAGGUCUGCCUGAAGCGGAGAUCGAAUGGGGUCUGUGCGGUCUUGGCAGGGAAAACCGAAAAUUUUUCCCACUGCUUGAGCCAGUAGUCGGUUUUUACCCUGUAGAUAACGCGACGACCAAGGCCUGCGGCCUGGUGCAAGUUAACCUAUAGGGUAAAUAGGCUGUGCUGGUUUAGUU